AUGAACGAGUACUCCGAAGAUCCAUUUCAAAUGGAUGAAGACCUCAAGAAUGACUCUGGUGGUGAUCCCUCCACAAAAAACAGCGCUCUCCUCGAAGACAUCACACCGCGUUACGAGGAUCCCACCUACCACUCACAGCUGAUAAUGUACCAAGACCGUGAAGAAAUACGAUCCAAAAUAGCUCACAUCAAGCUUGAAGAGCGCAACGCGGCAAACAAUAAUACUACAGAAGAAGAUGAGGAAGAGGUGUAUGAUGAAGACAUCGAUGAUAAAUUUGAUACAGAGCAGUACAAUGAGCAGCUACAAGCACAGAACGGCAAUAUACCCCAUUCACAAGGUAACAGAAUUGAAGUGAAGGCAGGGGCUGAGGCUAGCCCCAUUCUCGACGAAGGCGCCGAGCUAACACCUCCAGAGAACUUUGCUCCAGUGAUAAACACCAUAUACCGAUCGUCAUUCCCACAACCAGUAAACUUUACGUUUUUAAAAAAAUUGAAAUUGAAAUCAAUCUUGUGCCUCAUACCGGAAGACUACCCACUACUCCAUCAGAAGUUUCUUGAAGAGCAGGGUAUCAAGUUAUUUCAAUUGGGUAUGUCAGGAAACAAGGAGCCAUUUGUAAAAAUAUCUUCCGAGUUGAUUACUGAUGCGAUCAAGAUUGUGAUAGAUCCAGAGAACCAGCCUAUUUUAAUCCAUUGUAAUAGAGGUAAGCAUAGAACAGGGUGCCUCGUAGGAGUACUCAGGAGGUUACAGAAGUGGUCUUUGACUAUCAUAUUCGACGAGUAUAGAAAGUUCGCUGCACCAAAAGAACGUCCAAUGGACCAGCAAUUUAUAGAGUUGUACGACGAGAGAGAAAUAGUAAAGUUUGCAAAGGAGAACGAAUUUCUACCAUUGAAAUGGGACUGA